GAACACCACAUCAUCACUCCAAUUCAAUACCGCAACUCCAUUUACAACUGUUACUCUACCACCUACAGUAACAAAUUCACUGGCCAAAAUACAACUACUUCACAUCCAAUCUUUCCUAGGUACUCAUAACUACCCAGAUUUCAAAUAUAACAUCAUUUUCAAAAUAUAAAAUAAACCCGACGUCAUCUCAAUACUCCAUCACAUUCCGUAUAACGAACAUCCAACGACAUCCAUCAUGGAUCAACUUCCGCCCGAGAUUCUUGACUCGAUUCUUCAAAAGAACAUCGAGAUAUGUCGCGACCAUAAAUCCCAACUUUUGGAUUUGCGAUUGGUAUGUAAAGCGUUCGAUCAAGGCUUAAGAGCAUCAAUCUUCAAGACGACCUCGUUGGAAUUCUCGCGAUUCAUCCGAUUCCGAAAUAUCGAUGACAAUCCAGAUGAAUUGAAAACUCUCAAAGAUAUAGCUUCAUUAUCAUCCUCCAUCUAUAUUGAUAUGAUGAUAACUCGAGAUACAGAUGAAAUUGAUCAACUUAAAGAGACCUUCAACGCUAUCUAUGCUGCGGUUCCUGAGAUGGCAGACUUGAUUGACUCCCUUCGAUCAUAUUGCCUCAACAAGACCACAUUUACAGAGGAGGAUUACACUCGUCUACUUCGCAGAGUCAUGCAGAACGGUCCAGAUAUAACUCGACUUAAAAUUAACUUACCAUUCCAGGUUGUCAGCAAUUCUUUCAUGACAUCUACAAGGUUAUUCGCGAACACUCUAGCAUGUGCGGCGAAUCGUCCAGAGGAGCACCAAAAGAUAGAUACACUGGUUCUAGAUCACAUCACUGAUGUCACAAUCAAUAGUCUAUGCAACGUGCACAUCGAUGUCCAAAAUGCUUUCAAAGUAUUUGAAAAUCUAAAAAGCUUAAUGAUAUCAUGCAAGAGACAAGAAAGCAGAACAUCACUACAAGCGGUUUUUGCUCGAAAUUUCUGGUUGUUAAUUGGGAAAGCCAAGGAUUUGGAAACCUUGUGUAUCAUUGGAUGGAACGUGGCGCAAACCACCAAACGUAUAAGAAAUAAAAGAGUCGCGUCCAGGAUGACGAACGAACAGUGGACCAUGCGGUGCCUCCCAUACUAUCCUAGCAAAAGACUUGUCCUUAGCAAGUUGAGGUGUUUGGAAUUAAAACGGAUGGAUCUAGACCCUUUGAUGCUGCUGCUUUUGAUCAAGGAAACCAGUCAUUCCUUGACAGAAUUAUACCUGAAUGAUAUCGGUCUCAAAGUUAAUGGUUCGACGGAUCGAGAGAAUACCAGUCUAUGGAUAGGUCAUCAAAAAAUCAAGAAGCCCAAGGAAUGCACAUGGGUCGCUCCAGCCAUUCGAGAUAUUGAAGAUCUCAAUCUCAAGAUUCUUCGAGUUAGUAAACUUGGCUAUGAUGAUUACAGUCCAGACCUUGAUUCGGAACAUCCCAAUUAUGAUCUUGACGACCCUACUGGACACAAUCAAUCCUUUGAUCAAAGGUUUGUGGAAGCUGUCAUGGGUACAAAAGCCCCGCUGCCCCUCGAGUUGCUAUCCAAUACAUCUUCUGGAGUGGAGAAUCCACAUGAAAAGUCAACCUAUGCUGAAGUUGACCCGAAUACUUACGAUGCUGAAAUAUAUCAAAAGAAUCACAACACAACAUCGAACUACAAAAAAUCCAUUGAUGGCGUCUUCUCCAACAACAAUGAACGGGCUUUGAGGGAAUUGCAAAAUAUAGUCAGCGUUGCCGACAGAGGCAUGGCAUUACUUACCAGAGGAGUGGAAAGAGGCACUAGCUUGACUGCCGAUCCAAUUUCUGGCGCAAUUGUCGAUCCUCCAGUUGGUACCUGAAUAGUCUGACGAUAAGCUGGAGCCCCUCAAUCAUGACUAUAUGAGACCACAUAUCUGCGAUAUGGGCGUGUUGAUACUGCAAUUUGAAAUAAUUAUGCUCUAUCUAUGACCUUACUAUUUAGGGACAGCAAAAUUUCCUCCCCGCAAUUUUCAAAUGCUAAUUGGAGACAUACUAAUCUCUAGUUUGAGAUUCUCUGUUCCGUCACAUAAACUGGGGACAUGACCAAAACACAUACUAAAACCUUUAACCCAAGAAGGAUUAUCUUUAACUACCUAGGUACAGCUCCCAUCAAGUCAGGUGAUGUCAGGAGUAUAGAUGGUUUCGUCGCAAUUUUUACUUUAAGCGCCUAGUCUGGGACACCAACAGGUGGCAGAUUAAUCGAGCACCCACUUUUGUCCCAAAAAGUUAGUUUCAUUUCUUAUACUAUUGGUCAGAUCAGUCUUCGACAAUGUACUUUUUAUCUUACGCAAGUUCCAACAAUUGUCUUCGUGGCAAUACAUCACGAUCAUGCAAACAUUCUAGCAUGCUUUCGUUCUCCUUUCCACACACGAUAUCAGCUAUUCAGUUUUAGCAGGCAGAUUUGUUCUAGUCGCUAAAUGCGCAAGUUGCUUAGAGACCGCAACAUGGUUAUCUUAGAUUUUUGAGGCCCAUCAUACGGUUUGGCGGAGUAAGACGGUGCUCGUAGGCUUGGGCUGUUGGGAUAGAGGGAUAGAAGGUCCAUAGCAGAUAGAGGAAUGAUUAUACUUAAUGACCUCUGGUCCACACU